CCAGGCGUGAAGUGGUCGCGGAGUGAUGACGUCACUGUACAACUUCACGACCACUAUGGCGUCCCAUGCGAGCGAGCUGGAAAUCGCAAAGAAGAAUUUAACUGACGCAAUCGGCGAGAAUGUGAAACAUUACUGGGCCAACCUGAAACUGUGGUUCAAGCAUAAGAUCAGCAAGGAAGAGUUUGACAUUGAGGCACGGCGCCUUUUGGCCCAGGAAAAUGUCCAUGUUCACAAUGAUUUCCUUCUGGCCAUACUCACACGAUGCCAGAUCAUCGUCUCCACACCAGAGGGCGCUGGACAACUACAAUGGCAAAGUGGCUCUGCUUCAAAGCCAGGAAAACCCAAAGGAAAGAAGAAAUGUUCUUCCAGACAGAAAUUUGAUCAUCGUUUCCAGCCUCAGAACCCUCUGAGCGCAGCGCAACCGUUCAGCCCUCGGGAGGCGGCCGGUGAGGAUGAAGAGCUGCGUCUCAGUGCCCACACUCUGUUGCUGCCCACCCGGGGCCAGCUGGAGGCCCGCAUGAUGGUGACGGCGUUUGAACUGGGCUUGGAUAACAUCACAGAGGACUCCAUCACUGCGAUGACCUGCGCCGUGGAGCACCACUUGAAAGAUGUUUUGACUGCUGUAAUUUCCCGGAGGAAAGCGUAUCGUUUACGGGAAGGUCGUUUCCCUUACGCCUUUGGCAGUGAUGUCACACCGCAGCCUUAUCUAAAGAACAGCCUGGCUGCAUAUCACACAGUCACUGAAUGCCCCCCUCCGAGUGCGUCUCUACCAGCCGGCCCACUGCCUCAAAUUUCCCCAGAUGAGGCAGAGCAGCAAGCCGUUCACUUGUUGGCUUGUUCUGCACACAGCUUCCACAUGGCCCUCCCACCCGUCACCAUGUUUGACCUCCUGGAGGCCUUACAGGUUCACCACGGAGUGAUGCCCUCCCACACCAUGUACGCUCUGAAUAUGGAGCGCAUCCUGUCGCGCCUCUGGCACCCCAGCCAUGAAGAACUGGAGCAGGACCACGUGCACAGGCAGCGUCUCGCUGCCAAGGAUGCGGUGAUGAUCAGCUGAGACCUCCAUGGAUUCUGUGUGCAUAAUAAGUGGCACAUAAACUUUGUCCAGUGCUGAAAAUAGUUUGGAAGUAUUGGGUUUGGAAAACUGCACCUGUGUUGCAUAGCAAGACGAACAAGGGACCAAGAUGAAACAAAACAGUUGGUGGACACACGUCAGCUCCAUCCUAGUCAAGCCAGCAGAUUGUCACUCGGUGAGAAUUGUUUAAAGUGGUUUGUUUCAGCCCCUUCCAGGAAGGCCAGUGCUCCUCUUCAUGUCACUGUGGCUCAUAUAAGUUAAAGGGCAGAGUUGUAGUUAAAAAUGUCACACGCAAAAGACAAACAUAUCGAGUCAUAUGAUGUACAAAACCAGUGAAGUUGGCACUUUGUGUAAAACGUAAAUAAAAACAGAAUACAGCUUGUAUUCAAUUGAAUAGACUGCAAAGACAAGAUACUUAACGUUCGAACUGGUAAACCUAAUGUUUUGCAAAUAUUAGCUCAUUUGGAAUUUGAUGCCUGCAACAUGUUUCAAAAAGGCUGGCACAAGUGGCAAAAAAGACUGAGAAAGUUGAGGAAUGCGCAUCAAACACUUAUUUGGAACAUCCCACAGGUGAACAGGCUAAUUGGGAACAGGUGGGUGCCAUGAUUGGGUAUAAAAGCAUCUUCCAUGAAAUGCUCAGUCAUUCACAAACAAGGAUGGGGCGAGGGUCACCACUUUGUGAACAAAUGCGUGAGCAAAUUGUUCUCAACUACAACAUUUCUCAACGAGCUAAUGCAAGGAAUUUAGGGAUUUCACCAUCUACGGUCUAAUAUCAUCAAAAGGUUCAGAGAAUCUGAAUAUAUCACUGCAUGUGAGCGAUGAUAUUACGGACCUUCGAUCCCUCAGGCGGUACUGCAUCAAAAAGCGACAUCAGUGUGUAAAGGAUAUCGCCACAUGGGCUCAGAAACACUUCAGAAAACCGCUGUCAGUAACUACAGUUCGUCGCUACAUCUGUAAGUGCAAGUUAAAACUCUACUAUGCAAAGCGAAAGCCAUGUAUCAACAACACCCAGAAACGCAGCCGGCUUCACUGGGCCCGAGCUCAUCUAAGAUGGACUGAUGCAAAGUGGAAAAGUGUUCUGUGGUCUGACGAGUCCACAUUUCAAAUUGUUUUUGGAAACUGUGGACGUCGUGUCCUCCGGACCAACCAAAGAGGAAAAGAACCAUCCGGAUUGUUAUCGGCGCAAAGUUCAAAAGCCAGCAUCUGUGAUGGUAUGGGGGUGUAUUAGUGCCCAAGGCAUGGGUAAGUUACACAUCUGUGAAGGCACCAUUAAUGCUGAAAGGUACAUACAGGUUUUGGAGCAACAUAUGUUGCCAUCCAAGCAACGUUUAAUGGACGCCCCUGCUUAUUUCAGCAAGACAAUGUCAAAACACAGCUUGUUUGCUCCAACUCCCCCUCGCUCUGUUGCGAGUUUCUUGUGAUUACAUGUAACGUGUUUAUGUGUGCAUUGCAAAUGAGGUUUUUUCCCUUGGACUCAGUCUGGACCCCCUCUUGUGGGUCCAGCCUUUGACUGAUAUUUUUUUACUCUUCCCCCCUUUCCCAAUAUCACCUUUUUCCCACCUUUUUUUUUAAGUAGCGCUGUAAAAAUGGCUGCGCCGUUGGCGGUCUCAUCAUGUCUCCCUGUAACGUUGUCUGCUCUUAGUGGGACUGUGCCGAAAAUUUACUUUUCAGUUCUUAUGUGUCUUGUGCAUGUUUAGAAUUGACAAUAAAUCAUCUUGAAUCUUGAAGCCACGUGUUACAACAGCGUGGCUUCGUAGUAAAAGAAUGCGGGUACUAGAUGGGCCUGCCUGUAGUCCAGACCUGUCUCCCAUGGAAAAUGUGUGGCGCAGUAUGAAGCCUAAAAUACCACAACGGAAACUCCUGAUUGUCGAACAACUUAAGCUGUACAUCAAGCAAGAAUGGGAAAGAAUUCCACCUGAAAAGCUUCAAAAAUUGGUUUCAGUUCCCAAACGUUUACUGAGUGUUGUUAAAAGGAAAGGCCAUGUAACACAGUGGUAAAAAUGCCCCUGUGCCAACUUUUUUGC